AUGAGAACCCGUCUUGAAGCUGCCAAGGACUUGCAGCGACCGACUUGGCUUCAGGAGAUGGUCGAUGCAAACAUGGAACAUUGGGGGUUCAUCGUUUUCCGGACAGGACAUGUCGAGGACUUCUACGACGAGACAAAGAGUCAGAAAGAGAAGGAUGACGUCGCCUGGGCACGUUUCGAAGAAGCCUACUACACGGUCGCUACUCACGGGCUGAAGUAUCAGUGGGCAAACCUAGGCGGGGACGAGCUGUCGGAUGCGCACAACUCGUUGUUCAUCGCGGUUCCUGAGCAACCGACCCAGACAAUGGCCGACAUGCGACACAUUUUCCGUCAGAUAAGGGCCAAUGGACAGAUCCCAAACGGGAUCAGAACAGACUGUUUCCUGGUGGCUGACAUGUCUGCAGUGCCAUUCGAAUGGUUGUUGGAGGAGCCCAUGUCAUACACAGACAUCUACAUUCGGCAGUUCGCUGGGACUCACUCGAUGGAUGUCCAAGCCGUGGACCCCGAUGCCGAGGAGAUAGUAUCGUCUGAUGGAGGGUUUGCAGGAGAUAUCAAUGUGCCGUUGACUAGAGUGUAUGACUGGUUGUACUACAGCCUGUUCGCGAAGUCGGACAGCUGGGAUCAGAGGCAUCAUACUACAACGACACAGACUUGGACUCAGGACUUGUGGGGGGAUGGUGAGGUUCCGCCUUCACAUCCCAAGUAUUAG